AUGACGGCUAAAACUCUGGAGAAGGUGCCGAUGCCGCUCGGGGGGUUCGACAACGUGUAUUCCGUGGAUGACAUCGCCGCCGGUUUGCCCACGUCGGUUGCAAUUUUUCCCUGCAACUCGGACUUGGGGUCACAUUACGAGCAGAUCAACGCGGCUGGAGAUCCCUUAAUGAGCGCAGAGAUGAGCGCAGAGAGGCGUUCUCUGGACCUCUCGUCUUACUCCGGCGGUUUCUCCCAGCCUUCUUCACACCGCAACCAGACCUUCACCUACAUGGGGAAGUUCUCCAUCGACUCCCAGUAUCCCGCAAACUGGAAUCCCGAAGGAGUCAUCAACAUCGUCUCGGGCAUCUUUAACGUUGCCCAUCCUCCUCCAUCCACGUCAUCGACCUCUCCGGCUCCCUCGGCUUCUCCCAGUCACUUUCCGAACCGAAAUUUGAGUUGCACCAUGGCCGCGGCGCAUCAGAACCAAGUCGAGACAGAGCACCAUCAGCUUUACUCCCCUCCGCCGCCGUACUCUUCCGCCGCCUGCGGGGAGGUGUACCAGGAUCCGUCGGCGUUUCUUUCCACUUCCACCUGCCACAUCGCCUCGUACCCGCCGCCCUCGUACUCAUCACCUAAGCAGCACAACGGCCAGGACGUGCCGGGACUUUUCCCGAUGAUCCCCGAGUACCCUGGCUUCUUCCAGCCGGCUUGUCAGCGAGACAUGCACGGUCCGAGCAUCCCGGAUCGGAAGCCCUUCGGCCCGUGUUCCCUCGACACAUUCCGCGUCCCACCACCUUUGACUCCGCUGAACACUAUCCGAAAUUACACGCUUGGCGGUCCGAGCUCUGAGGGAGGGGGGCCGGCGAGGCUUCCCUCCGCGUACAGCCCCCAGAAUCUCCCUCUGAGGCCCAUCCUGCGCCCGAGAAAAUACCCCAACAGACCCAGCAAGACGCCCAUCCACGAACGCCCGUACCCGUGCCCGGCGGAGGGGUGCGACCGGCGUUUCUCCCGUUCCGACGAACUCACCAGACAUAUUCGCAUCCACACCGGACACAAGCCCUUCCAAUGCAGGAUAUGCAUGCGCAACUUCAGCCGCAGCGACCACCUGACUACUCACAUACGCACCCACACGGGGGAGAAGCCGUUUGCUUGCGACUUCUGCGGCCGAAAAUUCGCCAGGAGCGACGAAAGGAAGAGACAUACGAAAAUCCACCUGAGACAAAAGGAGAGAAAGUCCUCCACUGUCUCUACUUCGUCUUCGUCGUCAUCCGUUAGCUCCGCGUUAGAGCGCACUGGAAGCAUUUGCGCAACCAACGGGAUGAGUUCUUAG